AUGGGUAGUCCCUUACUCACAUUUGCCCUCACUGAGCUUAGCACAGUCACUGGCUCUAUUCAUAUCAGAGAUCCUCCUAAGUCAGCAAACAGAGGGAAGAUGACAUCUCCACCAUUCCUGGAUGCCAAACCUAUGGAGAACCCAGCACUAAUUAGUGACAUCAAGAUUGAGCCCCCAGAAGAACUUCUUGCUAAUGAUUUCAACCUGCCCCAGAUGGAACCAGUCGACCUCUCUUUUCACAAGCCCAAGGCUCCUCUCCAGCCUGCCAGCCUGCUGCAAGCUCCAGUACACCCUCCCAAGCCACAGCCUGCUCUCCAGACACUUGUAGUGUCCACUUCAACAUCUGACACAAGCACAUCAACAAAUAUCCCUACCGUUCUGACUCCAGGCUCUAUCCUGGCCUCCUCUCAGGGCACUGGUGGCCAGCAGAUCUUACAUGUGAUUCACACCAUCCCCUCAUUCAGGCUGCCAAAUAAGUUGGGUGGCCUGAAGACCAUCCCAGUGGUGGUACAGUCACUUCCCAUGAUGUAUACUACUUUGCCUGCAGAUGGGGGCCCUGCAGCCAUUACAGUCCCACUUAUUGGAGGAGAUGGUAAAAAUGCUGGAUCAGUAAAAGUUGACCCCACCUCCACGUCUUCAGUGGCUAUCCUAAGUGACAGUGAGGAGAGUGCAAUUGAGAGUGGAUCUUCAGCUUUACAGGGUAUUCGGGGACUACAGCAAGAGUGA